AUUCAAUGGAUCCUGAUGAAUGCAGCUCCUCAUCAGCGCGAAUUGGUUGCUACUCACAUCAGAAAACAUAUGGUUUCCCUUCGCGGUUCUAAGUUUGGCUCAAGAGUCGCCAUGCUCUGCUGCAACCCUUCUCACACAACGCGUCCUGGCCCAGGUGCUGGCGUCCAAUUGAGCCGUUUUGGCAACCCGAACGACGAGCGCUACCCCGUGGCAUCUCAAAUUGGUGGUCGAUUCAACCGCGGUAACCAGUGGAAUACUGGAUAUCCUCCUUUCCGUUAACUGAACCAACUGACAAUGGAAUCGUGACGAUCUCCUGUGAUCGGAUUACCAGAAGUGGAUGACAGCAUCCGCGCUAAAAUCAAAAAAUGUCAACAACUACUUGUUCGAAUACACAUUUGAAUAUAAUAUGCUCUUUCUAGGAGUCAGAUGCGUGGGUUAUGUCUUUGGUUCAAGGGCGUCUACCGUCAGCAAAAGUCCUGCCUUGGCUGAUGAACGCCAAAGCACAAACGAAUCAGUCUCAUCGUUUGAACUUUACGCCUGUUUACUACUACGUUGUCAUAUCUCUGAAGAUGGUCACAUUCUAAAGCAGCCCAAAGACAUAAUUUGUAUGGAUCGUUAUCUCCGGGGCUUUGGUUUACCGAGAGAGAAAAAGCAAGAGGUGCCCCUGGUUAAGCAUGCUUCUCUCGUGGCAAUUGUCUCCUUUCAUAUGAGUGCUCUUGUUCCCUUGUCAGCAGUAAUAUUACUGGUGUACCUGCUUUCAUUCACAACUAUUUUCUAUCUCAGGAGGGAUCUCCCUCAAAUGUUUGAUUACUUUUCCUGUCACUCUUUUCACAUUCAUUUUCUUACUUGUCCGGAGGCGCAGGAACCGGUGGCGGUGGCUUAAAGCUCACCUUUCUUGCUCAUACUACCAAAACAUCCUGUAUGUUAUCGAAUCCUUCUUUCUCUAGGAAUAUCAGUUCAUAUGUUAUUGAUACACCCGAGCAGUCUGUGAGGCACGAGCGCUUGAUUCAAGAAGUAGAGAAGGAUCAUGAAA